AUGACGGGUCCAGCCCGCGCACCGUCGCUUGAUGGCACGAAGAAAGCAGACACCGUGGGCACUACUGAAGAGCCCAGCACGCUGAAAGGCUAUGGCUCUGUCCCGGGUGUGAUAGAUGAGGUGACUCGAGUCGUCGACCACAAGGCUGAACGGCGUCUCUGUCGGAAGUUUGAUUAUCGCCUGCUCCCUAUCCUAGCGGUUAUGUACUUAUUCAAUGCCCUAGACAAGGGAAAUCUGGGAAAUGCAGAAACUGAUGGUAUGAGCAAGGACCUAAACUUCAAGCCGAAUGAGUACAAUCUUCUAUUAUCGAUCUUCUUUGUUCCAUUCGUGAUCUUCGCACCGCCCUUCUCAAUGCUUGGAAAGAAGUUCAGUCCGGCGCGCGUACUUCCAAUCCUGAUGUUCUCAUUCGGUUCUUUCACGAUACUCUCUUCAGCCGCCUACAAUUUCAGCGGCAUGUUCGCCUUGCGCUGGUUCCUGGGCAUGUCCGAGGCCGCAUUUUUCCCACUGGUCAUCUAUUACUUGACCACAUUCUACCGUCGUGGCGAGCUGGCUCGUCGCCUAGCUAUUUUCUACGCUGCGUCGAACAUCGCAAACGCUUUCUCCGGACUCAUUGCAUUCGGAGUAUUCCAGAUCGAGGGAUCUAAUAUCCCCAACUGGCGCUACCUGUUCAUCAUCGAAGGCGGCGUCACUGUUCUCUUUGCUGUAUUCGCGUUCAUAUAUCUCCCACGGAGCGCCGCCGAAGCAAAGUUCUUAUCUGAGGAGGAGAAGGCGCUAGCUUUCCACCGAAUUCAAGUCGACUCCAGUGCAGUGGUCAAUGAGGAGUUUAGCAUCCGCGAGGCCCUUGGAAUCUUCAAGCACCCCACCACAUACGCCUUCUUGUGCAUUGAAAUCUGCCUCGGUGUGCCAUUGCAGGGUGUUGCGCUCUUCAUGCCGCAGAUUGUCGGACGGUUGGGUUAUCCCACUGUUAAAACCAACCUGUACACCGUCGCACCAAAUGUGACAGGAGCAGUGAUGCUACUUGUUCUCGCCUUCUCCUCUGAUUGGACCAGACUCCGAUCACCAUUCAUUGUUCUAGGUUUCCUGUUCACUUUCGCUGGGUUUAUGAUUUAUGCAUCCAUUGACGAUGUUCAGAAUCAGAUACACGUCGCCUACUUCGCAACUUUCAUGAUGACUUGGGGAACGUCCGCCCCAUCCGUUAUGCUUAGCACUUGGUAUAAUAAUAACAUCGCCCACGAGGGUCGCCGUGUGCUGUUGACGAGUAUCGGAGUACCAUUGGCCAAUUUGAUGGGUUUGGUUAGCAGCAACUUGUUCCGAAAACAAGAUGCACCCAAGUAUAUGCCCGCGCUGAUCAGUGUUGCUGCAUUUGGUGCUACUGGCGCUAGUUUGACGGCUGCAUUGGCAUUUUACAUGUGGCUGGAUAACAAGCGACGCGAUCGUCGUGAUGGCGUCACGAUCCGGGCGCGGGAUAUUCCGACAGAGCGAAUGAGAGAAGGACCGGCAUCUGUUGAAUUCCGGUGGUUUUUGUAA